CCUGCUGAUCACUGAUAUUCAGCUGAGGGUAGGAAGUGAGAUUUUAGCAGAGUUUUUGAAGGUAGAUUGAGUUGCAGACCGUCACAUCAACAUGGCAGAAAACAUACGGAUGAAAGUUGAUAUUCACAAUCAUAUUUUGCCAAAGUAUUGGCCCGACUUGAAGCAGAGAUAUGGUUAUGAUGGAUUUGUCCAGCUGCACCAUCACUGCCAGGGUGAAGCAAAGAUGAUGAAGGAUGGGAAGGUGUUCAGGGUGAUUCAAGAAAACUGCUGGGAUGUAAACGCGCGCAUCCAAGACAUGGACAAGUACGAUGUUUCUGUUCAGGUCCUGUCUACGGUUCCUGUGAUGUUCAGUUAUUGGGCCAAACCUCAUGACACUCUGGAUCUCUGUGUCCUUUUAAAUGACGAUUUGGCCCAGACAGUCAGAAGUCACCCUAAGAGGUUUGUGGGCCUGGGCACGCUGCCCAUGCAAGCCCCUGACUUGGCUGUGCUGGAAAUGAGGCGCUGCGUGAAGGAGCUGGGGUUCCCUGGAGUGCAGAUUGGAUCACACAUCAACCAGUGGGACCUCAAUGCCUCUGAGCUCCUUCCCUUCUAUGCUGCAGCAGAGGAGAUGGGCUGCUCCAUAUUUGUCCACCCAUGGGACAUGCAGACAGAUGGGAGGAUGGCUAAGUAUUGGCUACCCUGGCUGGUGGGCAUGCCAACUGAGACAACCAUGGCUAUUUGCUCGAUGAUAUUUGGAGGUAUCUUUGAGAGAUUUCCAAAACUGAAAGUCUGCUUUGCUCAUGGAGGGGGUUCUUUUCCAUUCACUGUUGGCAGAAUUGAACAUGGUCACAAAGUCCGCCCUGACCUGUGUGCAGUUGACAACUCAAUCAGUCCACGUAAAUACCUCAGCUCUUUCUACACCGACUCGUUGGUUCAUGAUCCAAUCUCCCUGAGGCUGCUUGUGGAUGUUAUUGGAAAAGAUAAAGUGAUGUUGGGAACAGAUUAUCCAUUCCCACUUGGCGAGUUACCACCUGGAUCCCUCAUUGAGUCAAUGGAUGAGUUUGAUGGAACACUGAAGGACAAGUUGCUUGCUGGAAAUGCGCUGGAAUUUUUGGGACUGAAGCGAGAACAGUUUGUGUAACAUGAUACUGGACAGCAACAGAUGCAACUGCCAGUGAUUGAUUGCAAAAUAAGCUUUAUUUCUAUUUUCCUAUUUUAAUUUUUUGAAAUUGGUUUUACAAACAUGUUAGGAGGGUCAAACAAAAACAAUACUUUUGUUAGUGUGAAGAAAUGUCUUCAAUAUCAUUUUGGUAAUUGUCAUAUUGAUCUAAUAUACAAAGAACCCUUUAGGCUGGUAUGAUCCAUGUGCAAGAAAGAAUAGCAUCACCCCAGUUAUUCUUGCUAUGAUUUAUAUUGCGAUUGUUCAUACGUUUUGUGGUUGUUUUCUACCCAAAUACCAGUUAGUGCUUUAACCAAAGACAGCUGUCCCUAUCUUAUAUAAUGUAAAUGUGGGAUGAUGAAAAUGCUACUAGAGCCCUUGACUUGUACAGGGCCACCGUUUUUUUUUUUUUUUUUAAACAGGAAUCUUGGAAAUUAAAAACUUUAUUAUUUGA